AAAUUACAUUUUCAUAUGCAAAAGAAUGGCACACUGCUACGCACAAGUGAUCAGGUGCUCCUUUCAAGACGGGACUAUUGCCUGCAAGCAUAUGAGGCGGAAGAUGGAAAAUAUAUGCUGAAUCCAAUGAAUUGUCCAAUUACCUAUGAGGAGCCUCCAACACUCAUGCUCAACACGAUAAUUCUGAUGAUUUCUGCUCCAUUCUUAUAUGCGACCAUUCUGAUCUACUGGCUCAUCCCGGAGUUGUGGAACUUGCACACCAAAUGUUUAAUUUGCUAUCUACUGUCGUUAGCUAUUGGCACCACGAUGAUUGUAGUGACAAACAUCCAAAAAUCGGAUUACGACAACUUGCUUUGCGCCAUUAUUGGAUUUGUGACGUACUAUUUCCUCACGGCGGUAUUUUUCUGGCUUAAUGUCAUCUGUUUUGAUCUUUGGCACAAUUUUCGCGGCACCAAAGGAAAUGUUCAGCAUUUGACUCAGAGAAAACGAUUCUUCUACUACGCUCUCUACGCUUGGGGUCUGCCGGCUCUGAUGACCGUUUUGACUAUAGCUUUGCAGUACUCCGAUUUGCCAAAUAAACUCAAGUCCGGUAUAGGAUAUUCCCAUUGUUGGUUGAAAGUUGACGACUGGUCAGCCAUGAUUUAUUUCUACGGACCCUGCCUAGUGCUUAUUGUUUUCAACAUGGUUAUAUUUUACCUAACCGCUGAGCGGAUCUACACCAUACGAAAGGAAUUGAAAAUGUUCUCUCAGGGCGAAGACAGCAGGCGACAUUUGCGUUCCCAAAAAAAUGAAACCAAUUUAAUGAAAUACUUUAGUUUAUGGCUCUUCUUUCGAUUGUUCAUUGUUAUGGGAAUCGGUUGGUUACUGGAAGUGCUGGGCUAUAUUGUUGGCAGUAAGAGUGAGUACGCCAUUUUUUUCGCAUUCGCCGACAUUUACAACGCUUCCCAGGGUUUGAUUUUAUUUGUGCUGUUGGUUAUGAAGAAGAAGGUGCUACUACUCAUAAAGAAGAGAAUUUUAUGCAUUGAGGGGUCUGAUACCACAGACUCAGCUGAUUCGCGGUGCUCUGAAGAGGACGUAGCGCUGCAAACUGUCACAAAUGGAAUUCCCUCGAUAUUGAAAUGAGUAAAUGAAUAGGUAAAAAAACAAAGGAUUUCGGUUUUCGUAUUUGGUUAUGGUGUUACUAACGGUUUUUUACGGUCGAAUGGAUCUAGGCUUGCUGCACAUUUAUUCCCUUAAAGCACACUAAUUUUACUUUUCUUGUUUGAAGUGGGUUGCAAUCGCAUGAAAUGUUUAGGAAAAUACUAUUUUGCAUACAUAGGUGUUUGUGUUUAUUUGAUAUACAUUUUAGAAACUACAGCAUGUUUGGUACUACUUUAACAUUCAUAUCGUCACCAUCAAUGCGAAAAGCUCAUACAUAUUUCCAAAAAAAAGUCAAUUAUAUACAUACAUUGAUAACGACGAUUUGCAUACAUACAUACAUACAUACGUUCUUCAAUCUAAUCCGCUUGAUUCCGCGAUGACCAAUAUAAAAACUAUGCUAUUUACAUACAUUACUUGCUUUGG